AUGAAAGCAAGUAAGAUAGUUGCAAAUGUGGCAGAAAAAUGGAUGAAUAAAGUUAUUUUACCAGGGCUCAGAUUUGCACCACCACUAACCAUUUCUCUUAAUACUGCAAAAAUUUAUCUGAAAGAGCUUGGUUAUAUAUAUGAAAGAGUAAAAAAAGAUAUUUACAUUGAUGAAUAUGAAAGAGAAGACAUAGUAGCCUAUCAAAAAAUAUUUUUAGAACAAUAA